AUGACGGAAAUCGAAGAGCAAUUGUUAAACGCCGACGGCGAAUCGCAUGAGUUUCACACAACAGAAAACCAUGGGAGUCAAGGGAGAAUUUCAAAGAGGUUCAUUCUGGUGAUAGCAUCCCUAAGCACUUUGUUUGACUGUUUACUGAUGACCGUCAUUGGUAAGAAAAUAAUAUUUUCUCACUUCUAAUUUACAAGAGUACCGGUAACUUGCGUGAGAUUGCUCUGGAGGAGAAUUAAAUGAUGAGUGCCAAAAUCAUGAAAAAAAAACAUAGAACCCUGCCUUUUUUUAAAGAGAUCUCUUGCCUAUGAUGUGAUCCAUUUUUAUUUCCAUUACUGCAUGCUACGAUGACUUGAUGAAGAAAUGAAAUGAAGGGGUGAGUUGUCAAGAUAAAACCCCGCCCCACCCCCGUCUGAUUUUUUCUGAGGGGAGGGGCCGGCUGUACACAGGCUAAGAUAAACAGGCCAUUUAUUUAACACUUAUUUCAUUCACAACCAACUAACAUUUACCAUAUUUGGAAGAUCCGUGUUUGACAAUAUCAAUGCAAGUAACAUUAAUUGGAACAGAUAAUCAACAGAAAAAGGCACAAACAGUGAAGUCGCUCUGCUGUUUCGGCAUAGCAGAGCUGGAGAAAAUGGUGGAAGAUUAUAAACAAUAUUCAUGAAUAUUAGAUGAGGUUUGUGUGAUAAAUAUAUCAAACUCAAGCUAGGCUUAUAACACUUACCGAGACCUUGAUUAUUCCAGAUAUCACCAAAACCAAAUUUGAUAAUUGUUUUAUAUUGUACAUUGUUUUGAGGAACAUGACAACAGCAAACUGUUGCAUGGAAUAAAGUUUUAAAAGCAUGCCAUUCUAGUUUGAGUUAUAAACCAGAUAUAACGACACAAUACUCCAAUACUGACUGUUUUCCAAAAUAUCAGUAAGAAAGUGCCUUCUUGUGAUAGGAGUCACAGAUCAUCAAUAAUUUUGUUCUAAUAUACAGCCAAUUUUAUUAUUUUAGUGCCUAUUCUACCAGUGUACUUUAGUACUGAAACUAGUGAAUCACAAAGUGCUAACAGUUCAACACAGAACAGCUCAUCUAAUACCAUUUCCUUGUCAAGGGAUUCAUCCUUGGAUUUUAAGAUGGGAGUAUUAUUUUCUUCAGAGGCCUUUGCUGAAGUGAGUUAAACCUAAGACAGUAAGUGCCAAUAUCCACAUAAAAUUCUCUCAACCGUCUGCUAUCAUCACACAACCAAUGAUCAAUGUCAAACUUGCUUGAAAGGGCAAUACAAUUAUUGUUUCAUUGUGACCUCUAUUUUAUUGGAAAUACCUGUACUGAGUCUCAUUGAGGAUAUAACCAGAAUUUUUCAAAGACUACUGCAUUCAGUGGAAGAUACCUUUGAAUAUGGGGACUGAGGACAAUAGCACAAGGUGGUUGUUGCUUAUGGCAAUUAAACCAAGUUGUAUAACAAGGAAAUGGCUAUAAUUCAUUUUUGUUUGAUAAUUUGGGCCAGAAAUGAUCAGAUUUUCACUUGUGUUUAAAUUACAUUUAAGAAUACCGGUAAUAACUUUCUUGCUUUAUUGUAACCUUGCAGAUUUUGGUGAGUCCAUUUGCAGGGUCUCUUAUAGAAAGGUACAAAUAUUUGACUCAUUCUUCUUCAAUGGCUAAAGAUUGAGUUUUCCGACCAUGAGUUCAUUCCAAUUUGAUUGUACAGGCUGUAGUAAACAGUAGUCCAACCUUAGGUAAAGAACCACCAAGUGUCUGUUGCACAGAGGUUAAUCAUUAAAGCCUGGUUUCCAUAUGAUCACUACAAUCGCUGUGAUCGCUGAGAAAAAAAAAGAUCAGCGAUCGCAGUGAUCAUUGGGAUCAUAUGGCAACCACUUUCCAGCAAUCGUAGCGAUCGCAGUGACAAUGAUCGCUGAUAUAGAACUUUUUCUAUCUCAGCGAUUGUUGUCACUUCGAUUGCUGCGACGGCUACAAUCCCUGGAAAGUGGUUUCCAUAUGAUCGCUGUGAUCACUGCAAUUGCUGAACUUUUUUUUCUCAGCGAUGGCAGCGAUUGUAGCGAUCAUAUGGAAACCAGGCUUAAGUAGCAAAAGAGCAACAAAGUGUGAUGUGACAAAAAUUCAAAUCUGUGACAUUAUGGAAUUGAUUGGCAUAUUCAGAAAGAACAAGGUGAAAAAUGCCGACUUGCAAGAAAUUAGUGUGUUAGUGCAAAUACGUUGGUGAGAUAUAUAAGCAACACUGUGCUCUGAUGAAUCUUUUUUUACAAUUUUCUUUUAUUGUUUUUGCCACACAAAAUAAAUUACAGUAAGUAGAAUGAUAAGCAUAAUAAAUAGAUAAAUAACAUUAAAUUAAAACUAGUAAACAAAAGGGAAGGUGGCUGUGGUAAGAAAAUCUCUGAGGCGCCCAACAUUCCACUUUCGCCUCAAUGUACUGGGAUCAAUAACAACGACAACAUCUCCAACCUGCAAAUUGCUGUUACGGAAGUACCAUUUCUGUCUUGAUCCAAUCUGUGGUAAGUAUUCUUUCACCCAUUGGUUCCACCCAUGUCUUGUGAGCUCUUGUAGUCUUCUCCAGCACUUUCUGGGAUUAAAUGGCUCAGAGUCAACACUCCCCGGUACAAAAUCACCACCCAUCUGUCCGAUCAGAAAGUGAUUUGGAGUCAAGACGUGGUCGCUUAAAUGCACUCUUCACGUCCUUGCUUAGUUAAGAAGGUCCUCCAAAGUCAACUGCACAGUUCUCGAAAGGUCUGGAGGAUUGCUGCAGUCUAAUCUUCCAUAACGGCGCCAUUUGCUGGUGAGCUGACUAUGAUCAAAAUCGUCUCGCACACUCAAAACAUUCUCUCAUGACUCUUUUCACUUGUUCACAAACAUGGACCACUAGGUAUUUCUCCCGUACAUGAUUAAUCGUAUAGUUAACACCCUUACGUGGUAGUACUUAAUAACGAUCAGUCCUGUGACGUGAUUCCUCUUAGGCAGUAUGAUUGGACACUUAACACCAUAUGGGAGAUUGUCCGCAUGUCGUAGUCUGGUGUUGGACCUCAAAAUGCCAUUAACUAAUACUGAAUUGAACGGUGCCAAUGUACUACCUCUUAAGAUUUCCUUGUGCCUUCUCAAUGGCUGAUCUCUGCUGCAUACACUUUGGACUGAACUCCCUGAAUGAUAACAUUAAUUCGUCAGCGUUUUGAAGCUCCAAUGGCUUCAGUUCACCCUUCUCUUUUUGCUCAGCUGGUUUCCUGCAAUUGUCUGUAAAUCAGCAUACCCACACUGUUACACGAACUGAAGACAACCCAAUUUCCAGUUCUCCUUUUGUUUUGACUCAAUACCAUUUCAAGUAUCUUGAGGGGUUCAAUCGCCACACCUCUCCGACUCUAACCGUUUCUUCACCUUCUUCAAUUAUCUGGUAACUGGUAGCAUCCUUUGUUCCUGUUUCUUUUGUUCAGCCUUUAAGUUCAAGGUUCUCUGUUGACAUUGGCUUGUCAAACUUGCUUUCUGGCCAGUCUUGUCUUGACUUCUUCAAAAAUUCAGGCCCAUUCCACCACAAGUCGGAGCUUGCUAACUCUUCUACUGUCAGGCCUCUUGUUCCAAGGUCGGCGGGGUUUACAUUUGUAGGAAUAUACUACCACUGAUUAGGAGCAGAGAACUUAUGAAUUUCUCCAACACGAUGGGCUAUGAAGAGCUUAUACUCUCUACUCUGACCUUGGAUCCAGUACCCCACAUUCAUACUGUCCACCCAAUAGGUCACUCCAUUAUAGCUAUCUUGAGUGUAGAGCAAACUUGUCUUGUUAAUAAUUGUAAUCCGAUGAGUGCGCCCAAAAGCUCUAAUCAGGGGAUGCUCACUACUUUCAAAGGUGCAAGUGUAGACUUCAACAUAAUCAAUUGAGCAGUAAUGUUGCCACCCUCAUACACAUGACGUGUGUAAACUACAGCUGUAUAUGCGUCCUCUGAUGCAUUACUGAAUGUAUGAAUGCUCAGUUCUUCCACCUUUAAUAGGACUUGGGUCUUUCAAACACCUUGGGUUUUUGUACAAGUUCAAGGUCUUCCAGUAAGUGGUUUCAACAAUUAUUGUUGAAACCACUUUGUCCUUUCUCGCUAAUGAUGUGUUGGCAACAGUUCAUCCCAAUCCCGUGCCUUCAGCCAAGCCUUUGGUAUCAACAACUUGGACUUGAUUACAUAAGAUGAUAGGAAGCCUAAUGGGUCGUAAAUUGUUGCUGUUUGUCUCAAAACAUUCCUCUUGUUGAAUUCAAAUCCAUCUAACUGUAAUGAGUGUCUAAAGGAAAAUUUGUGAUCUGUGGCAGUUCAAAAGACACCCAGAGUCUUGGUUGUUGGCAAUUCUCUCUUCUCUUAGUCUAUCUCAGAAGCCCUAUAUUCUUCCGCAAUGCCAGCAAUUACAUCCGGUUCAUUCAAGAUCCAUUUGCGGAUGUGAAAACCAGCCAAGUUCCUUAGUUCAGUAAAUGCUGCUUUCUUGUUUCCUUCACCUCAUCAGAUGGCAUCUGAUCAUCCAUGUAACAGUGUUCUAGAACUUAGCUCCCAAUGGGUAAGUCUCCUUGUGAAGUCUAGCAUGGUGUUGCCAAGCAAACUGACACAAAAUGGGCAGUUACACCCUCCAAAAACAAACCUCUUAAACUUGUAAACCUUUGGUGUAUCCCCACUGCCAAAGUUCCUGUACAAGAAUGCAGGGGCCUGUCCACUGGUCUGGGAAGUAUCUGGUGAUACAUUUGGCUCACAUCGCCAGCCAAGGCAACUAGCUCCUUUCUAAACUUAAUUAAAAUGUCCACAAUAUCACUUUGCAACUUACUACCCGGUAGUGAUUCACUGUUCAAACUUUCCGUUUUGCUGAGCUGAGCCAUUGAAAUGAACCCGAACUUUGGUUGUGGCCUACUCUGGUCUCACCAUAGGGAAAUGCAGAAGGAACCUUUCUGAUGGUGGUUUCAGCUCUUCCUCUGGGACUUCUCAGAUAUAUCCUUUACUUAAGUAGUCAUCAACCACUGAUUGGUAAGCCUGUGCCUGCUUCUCAUCUUGCAUUAACUUCUUCUCGACUGUAUGAAGGUGUUUCUCUGCCAUCUCUCAGUUUGGCGGUAAUUCUGGUCUUUCAUAUUUCCAAGGCACAGCAACUUCAUAUCUCUCACCAUCAAACCUGAUUGACUCGUUCACUUUAUCAAAGGCUAGUUUCUCUUUGGGGAAAAGUGGUUGCUUCACCUCAAGGCUCCAAAAUUGUUUCAGCAGAUAGUUCAGAUCUCCAUCACUGCACUGUGACCACUGUAUGCAAUAGGUGUUCAGGUAACCAGUGUUACUAAUGCUCCAUGUCCCUCAGACGUACCAAUGGUACCAAUAAUUGCUGUCCACCCUAAUGGACACAGUCUGGCACUAGGUUCAUUGUCACCUCCACGAACCACUUUCAUAGGAAACAGCAAGUUGUUAUAAUCUGAACCAAUAAAAACAUCGAGUUUACUCUACUCUAUUUACUGAUCUUUGAUUCGCAGCCAGUUGGUGGGUUUCAUCCCACCACAGAUGAUAUUUGAUGUCUUUGCUACAAUGACUGCGUCCACCCGACCAUCCAGACGCUCCAAACCAAUCUCCAUCGUUGCUGACAUUAAAUUGACCUUCUGACCAUUAGCAAAAUUGAUAAUUACUUUUUCCUUCACACCAUCCAACCCCAGUUCCUCUACCACAUCCUCGUUAACAUACAACAAAUCACUGCCUUUGUCCGAGAAACAAUUAACUUGCAAACAUCUGUCCCCAUGUUUCAGAAUGACCAGAACAGUACACAAGGCAAUACUCCUCUGUGCAUGUUCUUGCAUUGUUUCAUAUGUACUGGACUUGUUUUCCUCUGUCAGGGGUGUGUCAGCCUUGCCUUCCCCUCCAUGGACCCAAGAGCUACUUUCUCCUCGUGAAGUAACCAAUGGUGUCUGUCCUUGCAUCUGUCAAUUUCACACUCUCCGCUUCAAGUACAUGAGUCACUAAGCUGCCCUUUCCUCAUGCAACGGUAACACAGUCCAAGUUCCUUUGCCGUCUCCCACUUCUUUUUAUGUUCCAUUCCCUUGAACACAUCACAUUUCCAAAUAGGGUGUUUUUGGUUGCACACUUUGCAGGGACGAUCACGUUUCUCUUCUGUGGUCCCAUGAGCCUUUGUUGAGCUCUUUCCCCUUGCGUUUCCCGCACUGGACAAACCAUGCUUAAUUUCUGAAGCCUGUACCUGGUACUCAGCUUCCUCAGCAACCUCAGUAGUGACGCAGCUCUUCAAGAGACUCCAUGCUUCCCUUUUCUUUAAUCCAUCAGUAGUACUGGCUAAGUAGAGAUUGAGGAAGUUUUUCCAGUACAAUUGCAUACAAUGUUCCUCCUUCCAGGUCAGCAAACGUCUUACUUUUCUUAAAGAAACCACGGUCAUCUCCACCAUGUCAACAAAUCUUUCCAGCUCUCUUGGAUUAUCAGCGUUUAUUGGCCUCAUCUUACGUAGCUCAUCAAUAUGGGCUUGAACCUGUCGCCUGUUUCUCCUAUACUUUUGAUUCAACCUUGCCUUAGCUGCUCUGUACGCAUGAUCCAAGUAACCCAGUCCUUUCACCGUUUCAGCUGCCUCCCCUUCUAAACAACUUUCCAGCCACAACAUUUCAAACUGAGCUGACAAAUUUGUUUCAUCCACACAACUGGAAAACGCUGACCACGAUGAAUGAUAUUCUUUCUUGUCGCCCGAAAAUUUUGGGCUUUGAAUCCGCUCGAGCUGUUUGUUUGCAUCGACCACGUGACCAUCUUUGCCAUGUGCGCUUUCAAAUGUUUCGCCCUGGCUUGUGUUAUUUCCUUCGCUUUCCUUGCUGUUACUUUGCGAUAAGAAAAGCUGAGCUUGAAACCUUUGUCUCGUUAUCCACAUGAUCUAUCAUUUUAUCUGCUUCAUCACCUGUUGAAGCUGCCAGUGAUGCAUGCUUAUUUUCUCUCUGCAAGGAAUGAAGUGAGUCCAACAGCUCCAACAAUUCAUCCCAUCACUUGUCGAUAUCUUGUAGUUUUGCCAUGACAUUUUCCUUGUUUGGCAUUUUCAUUGAUAAUUCUGCCGUUAAUUCGUUCAGAAGCUUCAUAAUACUUGUCUUGAGGGUUCUUUUCUUCCUUCUUUAACUCUUCUAUUUUGCAUCCAUAAUUCCUCCAGUUUCAGUUCUCAAUAGACUUCCCGCCAAAUGUUUGCCAGUUUGAACGAGUCCCUUGCAAAUUUCACCAUACUGGUUCCAAUUACAGUUCAAUGAUCACACCAAUGCGAAUAUCCGGUUUCCAAAGGACCAAAAUGUAAAUUCCAUUCAAAGACUGUAAGCUCUUAAAUCUUGACAAGUCUUGCGUCAAGUUCCAUAGAAGAGUCUAAGUUCAACAACGUCACAUGACAUAAACACAUGAUAAUUGUCACAAUGUACAUAAUGUAACAUAACUCUAAGUGUCACUGGUGGAGAAAAAGGGUGGUUGAUGUUGGAAGGUCUCCAGAUUUUAGGUCUUUAGAGGUUGUCAUCUCUGAGUUAGACUAGGUUUCUUGAUCACAUGUUCUACUUAUAAUAUUAUGCUCAUUGCAGAGUUGGUUACAGUGUUCCAUAUUAUGGUGGUUGCUGCAUCUUAGUUUCUUCAUGCCUUGGUAAUUAUUUUGCUGAGUAUUUUUUAAUCAGGUUUUUUUAAUAAGGUCACAUUCCUCAGAUGUAGGCGCUUGCAGCUUAUGUCUCAAGAGAAUGGUUACUUGAAUGCUGACCUUUAGUGAACGUGACCUUAUUUUAGACCUGCCAAUUUAAUAGACGUUGUGUUGUUCCAGACAAUAUCCACACCCACCUUUGCAGUGGCAUUUACACCCUCCUCCCCUUCAGAAUUUUCAAUUUAACCUCCGGGGGUGGGGAGAUAUUUUCUGGAACCACCCAGCAGUGAGACAUUUUUAAAUCAUAAAAGUGACCUGUGAUUUCACAAACCAUUAUUCAUAAAUGAUAAUCGUAUUAUGUUUUUCAGUAUAUGCUUUUGCAGAGAGUUAUGGACUUCUCUUGUCAGCUCGUGCUAUUCAAGGAGUUGGCUCAUGUGUUAACCGUAUUUCUAGUAAGCAGUUAGCUCAGAAUACGAUUUAUCAACGGAUCAAAUCAUACUAUCAAAUUGUAAACAACAGAACCUCGAUAUAACAAAGGGCCAAGCGACUGGCAAAAUAUGUUUGCUCUAACGAGGUUUUGUUAUAUCGAGGUUCUUUUUCAUAUGUUUUACUAUUACUGGGGUAAAGAAAAUCAUUCACUUAUACCAGGGAGUUUGUUAAAUAGAGGUUUGCUUCCAAAAUAAUGGUAACUGUAAGAUCAGCCCUUCGGCUUGUCAUGCCACUGCUGUUAAGCUGUUUUUUCCUUCACAGCUAAAAAAAGUAAGACACUUACUUUUGCUUUCUGAGAUGAUGACGAUGACGUACUUUUGUAUAGUAUCUGCCUCCAACCUGUCAUACUCUCAGGAGAGCAUGACCUUAACUUGUGAUCCAACUAUGUUUACCAUGAAUUACACACUCUGAUUGACUUUAAUCCCAUCCCUGGCUAAUUCUUUAUGACCAGAUGUCUCAUCGAUAUAUAUGACACCUCAAUGUAAAAUUGCUUUCCCCAUUUCCAGGAAUUAUUGAAUGAGGCUUUCAUAAUGAUAUGAAUUAAGUAUUUUUCAGAUCUCGCACAGGCUGUUCUCUCAGCUUUCAUAAUUCCUCAUCAGUAUCAUACUCAGUCUAAUUUAAUUGCAGUUGUUGUUAAUUAAUAAUUAUCUUUAUUAUUUUACUUGACAAGGUAUGGCAAUGCUUGCAGCGUCCUAUCCCGAUGAUGAUGAACGUGGAGCAGCUGUAGGCCUAGCUAUGGGAGCAUCAGCUCUUGGUGUCCUUGGUACCUAUAAAUAUUAUACUUUAAAAAUAAUAAUAUUUAUUAACUUGUAUAGUGCUAAUUAUUAUUAUUAAAUUAUUAUUAUUAUUAUUAUAAAUAUCUAUAUACAUAUUCAUUAGUGUUCUCUACUAUCUACCACAUGUGAUAACAAAGUUACCCAACUCAAAAUUCAAAAUAAAAAAUUCCAAAUUCUUUCAAAGUCAAAUGAUUGGAAUCCUGCAAAAGUGUUACACGUACCAAAGAGGUGUUAAUUUCAAGAAUGGCCACACUGCUAGAACCUGUCCUCAGGCUCAAAAUUAAGAAUACAUUUUAACAACAGCUCAAUGAACACAGGUAGUGUCGGGGUAAGGGUUGAGGUUGCAAUACCUUUAAACAUCUUGCCCGGGUUGUUCAAACAUUGGAUGGCACUAUCUACGAGAUAUAUCACUAUCCAGCAGAUAAGUAUUGAGGAAACCAAUUGCACUAUCCAGUGGAUAGAUAUUUAUCCUAUGGAUAGCGUUAUUCAUCUUUUGAACAAUUGCUGGGGCCUGCACUUCCGCAAAUUUAACCCUUAGCUUGUGCAUAAUGAGCAUUAGCUAAUUAGACCAAACUGACUAGUUAUACACAAUAUUGAUUGACUUAUUUGCUCUUUUUUUUUCCCUGUACAUGUAUCUAUCAGCUGGUCCACCUAUUGGUGGAUUGCUUUACAGUCUUGGCGGCAAGGGACUUCCAUUCUUCAUACUUGCUGGCCUCUUUGUUGUAGCAUUUGGUUUGUAUUCUCAAUAAUGUUUGUUAACUCUAUUAAAGUUACUGUAAAUCAUCUACAGUCAAACGUCUUUAAUACACUCACCAAAGGGACAGAACCAAUUGUAUGCUUUACAGAGGUGUCCGUAUUAUAGAGGUAGGGAAUGUAUGAUUUUUGGCAUUUCUGGGACCAAAUGAACUGUCCGUAAUAGAGAGGUGUCCGUAUUAUAAAGGUGUCCGUGAGGAGAGGUUAGCCCGUAUUAAGCGUCCCAGGGGCUUAUUUAUUUCAAGCACAUUUCAAGGGGGCUAGAUAGAGAGGGGGGCUUUAAUUUGAGAGGGAGAAGGUAUUAAUUAGCAGCAGAGAUGGGUCAAUUCUUUAUGAAGAACUAGAAUCGGCAAAGUGGAAAUGCUCAGGCUCAUAAAGUUGGAGGUCAUACAGCCAAAGAUAAAGAACAAAUCCAAACUUCCAGCAUGUGAAUAAAUCACACUGGACCAGUCUUUGUGAAGUGUUACAGUUUGAUUGAUUAUUAAAUACAUCAUUCUAUCAUAAGAAUACUUGGGGGAAGGGGAGUGGGGGGCUUAAUUAAUUUCUUCCCCUGAGAUGGGGGGGGGGCUUAUUAGAGAGGGAGGCCGGGGGCUUAAUAGAGGAUUUACUGUACUCGAUGCUCUAACAGGCUCCUUUUUUUAAAUUUAGAGUAAUUUAUUUUAGUAAAUACCUUGAUAUAUAUGUGUCAAUUUGCUGUUCCUCAUUUUAAAUCUUGGUAAAAAAGAAUGUAAUUUUUUCUGUGUUUGUCACAGACUCCUCUCACAUUUUCUUGUUUUCAAAAUUUCUUCUAUAUGCAGCUGAUAAUUAAAUUUUGUGAUCGAUACAUAAAGCUGUUAUUGCCUAUCCAUCUCAGUGCUGGAAUUUAUUGCUGUCCGCAACAUCUGUCAAUAACCCAGCAUCAAAAUUUAGUAAAUCAUUUUUAGCCUUAAACAAUGUCCAGUCUGGCCAAAAAGUAUGAGCCUCUGCAUGGAUUUUUACAAUAAUUCAAAGUUGUGAUGAUUGCUACUGGUGCAGCAACAAACUAAGGGAUGAAAAAGACGUCCGUCCGCUGAUAUACCCAUACAGAGGCUUAAGUAUGUUAGUAGUAAUGUAAAUAACCUUUUCCAAACAUUGGCGUCUCUGUCACUAAAAAAUUAUCAUUCUGCAAGAAAAACACUCAAAGUAUUUCAUAAAUACAGCACUCCAUUUGUUGUUUUAUAUGGGGGGAGGGGGGGGGGGGUAACUUAACAUGGUCAAAUAUAGUGUGUGUACAUUUGCUAUAAAAUUGUCUUUUUUCUUCCUUGAUGUUAAAGGUCUCGUAUUUAUUGCUAAGAAACCAGUCAUGCCAAAAGAUGUAAGUGUUUCCUUUGACUUAUCCUUCACUUUACUGGUCAGGAGUAUUCUGUUUGGAAAUGUUUUACUGUCUUCUCACAGAAGUUUACUGCUUUUGCAGUAGAAUUUUUACUGUUUUCACUUGUAGCAUUAAAUCAGCAGCAUUAAUUAGCAUUAAAUAUCGCUUAAAUAUUGCUGACCACAAUAUUGUGAUAAAAUCAUUUGUAAAUAUUAUGUAAAGCAGAAAAAUGUUUAAAGUUCCAUGUCACGUUUUUGCUGAGAGAGAAUUGUGCUCGCCGCCUUUCUUUCAGAGAUUGAAGGCCAUAAAGCACCAAGCUUUGACCCAGCAUGGACAAUUAGUGCCUGAUUUAUUGUAGUUGUUACCUGAAAAUAAAGCAUUAACAUUUGCAUGUAGGUUUUAAACUGGCUAAGUUUUUGUCAGGGCUAAUUCACCAAUUUUGUGCAAUGGCUUAGUUGUUAACAGAGCUCCCUAUAAUGUGAACAGGACGAGUCUUUUAACUGAAACAAACCUAACACAAGAUUUCCUUUAAUAAUUAAUUUGUUUUUCUUACAGACCGUAAAGCCUUCACUGAAGGACUUAUUAUCAGAUCCUUACAUUGUUAUUGCUGCUGGUAAGUUGAUCCUGCAUUCGCGUCUACUCACAAAAACACUGACGCUCAGCUAACUAUGGAGAAGAGCAUAAAGCAUCCAUUCCAUGCAGUCAAAACCACGGGUGGGGUCAACUCCAUCUAAUGAGCUAUACAGAGACCCAAAUGACAGAUUUCCCUCCCCUUUCAUAUACUUCAGCUGAUGAAAUCCCUACCCUUUCAUAUACUUGAAGCCUAAAAUAGGUACCCCUUUCGGGCGGAGCAUAAUCUGUGAUCAAACUCUCCAGGGCACUCUGGCGGCAGGGUAAAAAAGGAGGGAGAGCGCACCGGAAAGUGGUACUUAUUUUAGGCUUUAGGUAUAUGAAAGGUUAGGGAUUUCGUCAGUUAAAGUAUAUGAAAGGGGAGGGAAAUCAGUCAUUUGGGUCUCCGAAAAGACCAAAAAGGGUCACGGCAGUGCCAUAUGUGGGACGCGUUCGUUUUCACCGAUAUUCUCAUUCCUCCUCGAGGUACAUUCAUUGAUCGCAGCCACCAUCUUGUUUGCUUCCAAUCUUCACACGGCUCUGCCGCCAAAAACCUGUGGCACUUGCCAGCUGAUCUGGUCAGCUACGCAGGCUAGGCAGGCAAGGGGCUUCUUCUCUCCAUUGAUUAUUAUUUUUUGGCUAACCCCAACUCUUUGUCAGUUUCAACGGCCAAGGUGGCGGGCGAGCAUGCAUUAGUCUUAAAAACAGUAUUAUCGUGCGCGCUACAAAAUAAGCCUGCUUCGCGAGCUAAGAUGUUUUACCCGACAUAUUUUGGUUUCUCCUUGCCUCAAAAUCCAACACAAGUUCCAGUUCAAUCUGGAAGGCAAGAAAGUGUUAAAAUGAGUUCGUGAGAGUUUUGUUAGGUAAACAAAUUACAUUUAUUUACAUUUGUUUUUCAUCUAGGUGCCAUCUGUAUAUGCAACAUGGCAUUUGCCCUUCUGGAACCCACAUUACCCCUCUGGCUUUUGGAGACUAUGAAUGCAAGCCACUGGCAGAUAGGUACGCCACCCAUUACAGCAAAUUCUCCUAGCAAAGGAAUACACUGUGAUUAAUUAAAUCAACUGGAUCUCUUCUGUUACCAUUUUUCAGGAUUGAUUGAUGUAUUCACUGAUUGAUUGAUUGAUUGAUUGAUUUUAAUGACAGGUGUUAUUUUCCUGCCCUGCACUGGAGCUUACCUUGUAGCAUCUCCUCUUUUAGGAAAAUUAGGAAACAAGAUUGGAAGGUUUGUACCGGAAAUAUUUCACUUUUUCCCCUUCAGUGCAACUUAUCCCAGCUAAUAGAAAUCACUUUAAGUGUCUCCUAGCCCUAAACAUAAUUCGAAAUAGAGUUUUAACUUAAGGGGAAUCUGAUUAUCUCAGGUAUUUCUCAAUAGAGCGGUGACCUGCACUUGUGAUCAAUUACGAUAAUAUUUUCGCACAAGUCACCAGGACAGUUAUAAGAUUUGGUUUAGGGAAAAACAUUGUGUGGGGCUAAAUUCAAUCAUUCUGGUCUAUAACUUACCGUAGCGUUAACUUAUUACUUCACUUCACUUUGUUGAUAUUAUAGAGAGAAGUCGUUACGUCACGUUGCCAUGGUAGCAAAAUUUCUUGAUCUUAACAAACCGCGGUCCUGCAAAUAUUGCAAAAAAAACGAAAAAAUUGACAUGCAUGACUUUCCUGUGCGUGGUUGCACUCAGGAACAAAACAGUAGCCAAUACUGUUAUCCAUCGUUCAACAAUGCAAAUGGCCUUCUCUGUCAAGAAAGAUUGUGGAGUUCCAGAAAGUUUACCACUAUGUUAACGUAACGUCACACUUUUGAAAACUCUCUAUUGAAAACUUAACAUUUCUUCGCUGUCCACAAAUACCGAAGACUAACUGUAGUGGGUAAUGAUGAAAGCGCGCCUAGUGCAUCGAUGAGUCAUAUAAACGAGUGGAAUUUUGAAGACAACAAGAGAAAGAAUAGCGGCGCACAAGCAUUUUUUGUGCCAUACAAGACAGAACGUAACAAGUUCGAGCCCAGUUCUUUACCGUGAAUACUGUAUUCGAGAUGGCAAACUCGCACAUACUCUGUUGCCAAUAUUGCCAGAGGAGUCCUGGGUAGUAAAGUGCAUCCAGAUACGUGUCAGAUGAUACGUGUGGACGGGCAAAUUCGAUUUGAAUCCGGAUACGUGCGGACGUGGAAAUUUUUGAAUGCGCAAAGAAAAAGUUGCGGAUUCAAAAAUAUCCGGAUACACGUGGACAGGCCUUAUUUUCUUCAAAGUCACUGGGCCUUUUUGGCGUUUUUUUUUUGUCUCUACGCGCUUACUGUCUAAGAACUCGAUGGAUCUAAGAGAAAAGGCAGACUUUAAGCAGUCUCCUUUUAAUAUGUAGCCGUUAUUUUACCGGUAACGCAACGCUGGAGGAGAAAGGUUGCGUGACCAGACAAGUAACGGCUGUGCCAGGCAGUCGGUUCAAAUACAAAUUGAUAUCCUGCUUGUCCGUUUUUCAGAUGGCGUGCAGCUUUAAUUGGUCUAGUGUUGGUUGCCAUUAGCAUGCCAGUGGUACGUAUUUCCUUUUGUACCUUAAUCAAAAGAAGCAUUCUGAUUUGCUUACCGAGUGGUUCUUGGUUUCGAAAGAUCGUUGACAUCUUCUGCGCGUUUUUCAUUGCUUACGCUGCUAGCAAAGUAGGGUGACAGGCGCUAAACAUGGACGGAAAAAAGGUAAAAAAAAUCGCGCUUCCUCUAAGUUCUCACCCUCUCCUAGUGAGGGCCUUACUACAGACUACAAUGCAGGUCAUAAACCCCUUAAGCAGUCAUCAAAUACCUUCUUUCUGACACUUCCCUUCGCCCCUCUAAUGAGAAACAGUCACUAGAGCUGGAUAAAAGUCAGUAGGGACCUUACGAUCUGACAACGGCGACGUCUAUGAAAAUCUCGCUGAAAAAUAGACCCCGCAUCCGCUUAAUCCAUUUAGCGAUUAUCCCAAGUCGCCUAGUUACUUAAAAGAAAUUAUGUUGGAGCUGAAGAGAGCGGGGGGCCGCACUCGAGUUCAGACAGAGAUGGUAGAAUUUAUCACUUUGCCAUUCCCGUCCUCAAAAAAACUUGAAAUUUGGUCAUUUCACGUCGUAGUCGUGCAGGGAUGGCAGAGAAAUGUACAAAAAAGCGUGAUGCACUUGCAGAGUUGUUGUAUUGCUAACUAAAACUAUUGCUUGUUGCCGUUGCCGUCGCCGUCGCCGUCGUAGUUGCGUAAGGUCCCUAAUAAAAGACAAAGGAAGCGCACAUCAUUGUUUGGGGGAGGGGAAGGUGAGAAGGUCACCAUCACCUCACGUGUUCCAAGACUUUUAACCUUGUUGUAGUUUGGGAGGUGUGUAAGUUAGGCUUUUGUGUCAUUUUUCUUUUCACUUUUGGAUGGAGAAGGGGUAUUAUUUGCACUACAACUAAAACAUGGCUGGGGAAAGAAAAAAAGAAAGCUCUGUCUGAAACACAUUACGCCUUUGAAGUCGCCGCAGCCCAAACCUCUGGACUGGUUCAUUCGAGUGCGAGCAUCCGUUUAUUGAUAAACUGAUGGUCAUAACUGAGCGCGCUGUACAAAGCGUACGGCUAUUAGGCCUGGGUUACUCAAUUCAUGCCGAGUCUUUCUCGAGAAUGCCAAAAUCGAGCGCAAAACUCUGAGACACCCAAUUCGUCACUUUAGUGGCUGUUUACUCGGAGGGAGGAAAGUCCUAGCGCCAGGAAGAUCCUAGAAGGCGGAACAACGUUUCCUUGGGUUUUACAUGCAGAAUUUUGGUCCGUGUGAUUACCAAUUAGAGAAGGAGUUAAAGAUGGCGGGCGGCAACGUCAAAAAUGCAAUUUGGGCCCUUCUGUUCUUUUUAGUGUUGUUGAUAUCUACGUUUCAGCAGCAACUGCCAGGUCUUACAACUGGUAGCGCCAAACGAUAUCGUAAUAUUGCCUAUCCCACUAAAUGACCUCCCCGCCAUUGCCGCGUCGUUUGUGCCUUUUACUAGGAUCCUCCUAGCGAAAGUAGUUUACAUGGUGCUAGGAUCUUCCCAUCUUCCUUCCUCUCACCUAGGACGUUCGUGCUACUCGGAAGAUCCUAGCGCUAAGCACAAGUAUAACCUUCUGCAUGUUCAGGAAACGUACGUCAUAAUAGUUAUAGUCCAUAACACACCUUGUUUACCCCCAAAUAUUUUUCACUAACAUUAUCUUCAAUUUUCUUGAGACGACUCGUAAUGUCCAGGAGAAAUAUUGGAAGCAACGGUUAUGGGGAGGGGGAGUAAGCAGGGAGUAUUAUGGACAAUGUGAAAGUAGUGCAUUCGUUUAUUCAUACCGUGAUUAAUUAAUCUCCAGGUUCCUGUUGCCAAAACCCUGGCAGUUCUUGUAGCUCCACUUUUCGCUCUGGGAUUGUCCGUAGGUGAGUUAAGUAGUCUUUUGAGUUGACUAAACUAGCUUGGUAAAAAAGCAGGUUACUGUUUUAUGUGCUACUAGCCUAGUUAAGGUACGGUGAAACGGACAGCAAAAACAUUAACGUGCAACUCGUUCGCAGUAUUACGUCACGUUGCCAUGGUAGCAAAAUUUCUGGAUUACAACAAACCAAAACGUCACUUAAAAGCGGAUUCGCACUGUUUCAAACUUUAUCGAUCUUAUUUAAUUUCUUUUAAUUUGUGAAAUGUUGGCGAAAUUUUCUCGGUUAAAUCCGAAAGGAUCGUAUCUAAGUUAAGAAAAUUUUUGUGUUGUGCUCACCUACUCCAUAAAGCGGGCUUGUGAAAUUAGAAACUUUCAAGUCGCAGUCGUGCAACAACGGCUAAGAAAUGUACAAAAAUGCGUGGAAAAAAAGUUGUUUUUUUUUUUGGCUAAUCUAAACCUAUUGUUUUUUUGCUUUUCGCCGUCGCCGUUGCAAAUUGGCUACCGUGGUAACGUGCGGUCACACUUCUACUUUAUUGAUAAGCGAUGUUGGGCGUAAUUAUGGGUUGAGGUGAUCAUUGUUUCUGUAAGAUGUCCUCACAACAACCAAUAAUGACGUAAAACUUUUCGAAACUCGAACUGUACAUUUUUCAUGACUAGAAUCGUCUUCUCGUUUUGAGAGAAUAACAAACUCGACCGCGAUUACUUGUAAUGGCAAAUUUUAUCAGUUGUUUGCCCCUUGAGAAGCCACGUGACACUGCUUUUAUCCCAUCAAUCCUAAGCACGUGCAAAAAUGGCAGGUGUCGUGAAUAAGGUCUAUUUUUUGAAAAUCGUCACGAAUUUGCUCAUAGUUUUUCCCUUUUUUUUCAUUCAGCCAUGGUAGAUGUGUCAAUGGCGCCGACUUUAGCUUAUCUGGUUGACAUCAGGUAUGAUACAGAUUGUCGCAGAUAGUCCUCUGAUACGGAUCAAUCAAAAAAGAUGCUUGGAUUUGCUUGUCGAAAAAUGUUUAGUGGAACUAUCUUACCGCAUAAAUUGCUGCUGAAAUAAUGAUACACAGAUCUAGAUACACUAGACUGCGAGAUACGCAAGAAAAUUAAUUAUCCCUGCAAAGUUGAGGACGCACCCACCAUCCCCCAGAGUAAAAUAAGAGCUAGAGGAGGGAAGGGGAAUGCUUUCUUGUUACAGGGAAAAAAUAGGCCUCGUGCCUCGCUUUAGUGACUAAAGAAUACGCAUGACAAUAUCCCGGAUGGCAGCAACGCCCCUUACUGGCAGCAGCGGAAAUAUAGAAUUGAUCAGUCACGUUAACCCUUUCAGCUCUGAGCUGCACGUUACUGCUCGCACCGGUUGUGACGUCAUAAGUUGUAACAGUCAUAGACAACUUUGACAUUUUUCUUGUGCCGGGGCAAAAGAUGCGAAUGAGCUCGAUUCAGUCAAACGGGCCAGUGAAAUACGCAUGCCCGUGCAAGCUGUAUAAAAGAUAUUCAGAAUCAGAAACCGAAAGCAGCGUUAUGUCCGACAUCUAAAUAGCAUUUUGAGCCGUUUUGGUUUAUCUUGGCCAGACAGUGACCAGAAAACGGCUCGGUUAGAUCCAAAAGGCGUUUUUCGUCAAAAUUUCCCUUAAGGAAUUGGCAGAACCAUUUACUUCCUUCACAAAUAAAUUUCAGACUGCAAACAAGAAAUCAUCUUUGUUGUAGAGGCAACUUUUGUUGUUGUGAAAAGUAAGCCUGAAAAAAGACAGCUUAUAGUUUGUUACAGCGCUGCACCGAUAUCGCAGAGGUAAAGGUUUCGAAUCCAUACCAGUGAGAUAUCUUCUUUUCUAUAACUGUAAUGAUCUUUUUACAGUUUAACUUUAGCUGGUUGUUCUGUUUUCUCCUCUAGACACGUUCCUGUGUACGGUAGUGUUUUCGCUAUUGAAACCUUUGCCGCUUCUCUUGGCUUCGCGUUUGGUGAGUUUCUACUAAGAAUGAAUAAAUUGACUGAAUGCUUGUUUGAAUGCAUAGCACGCAAUCUGAUUUCGCGCCUUUGGACCUUCUACGCUCGCACCCUCUAACUUUUGGUUAUUACUAGUUUAUCUAAUUCUCGGUGUAUAAUGCCACAUAUUUCGUAAAAGUGAUGUAACAUCAAGUUCUGCUUUUGUUUUAGGGCCACUGAUUGGAGGAAUUAUAGUUACUCAUGGAAGUUUUCCAUGGUAAGAUAAAAGAAUUUUAAAGCAAGUCAUCGAUUAAUUGAGGAAAUCAGUAUUAGCUCUCUACCAAUCCUCUUAUUUGUGGGCUCCAGUCCCCACGUCACAAAUAAAUAAAUAAAUAAAUAAAUAAUAGAUAAAUAAAGAUUUGGAGGUAGCACAUCCCCAAAGUGGUUCUUUGUCUACCUGAUUCCUGGUCGAAUUGGAAUUUGAAAAUGUAGGUUUUCGAGGAGAGGGGAAAACCGGAUUACCCGGAGAAAAACCUCUAGGAGCAAAGGAGAGAACCAACAACAAACUCAGCCCACAUAUGGUUCAACCCACAAAUCAAAUUGACAUCUGAGGUAGUCUCUGAGAUUUUCCAGAAAUAUUGGCGAAAUCUCGUAUGGUUAGAAAGUAGUGAAAACCCUGAUCAUGCCGGAUUUUUCAGUGAUCGACGACCAUCGCAGAUGAUCGGAGUGUCUACGGUCUCGUGUUUUCAUUGGUCAGGAAAACCUCAAAUUAUCGAAAAAUUGACAAAUUACAUCGCGUUAGUCUGAAAUGCCGUACGUCUCCACCCCAUAACCCUCAUGGGUUAGGGGGUGGAGACGUAUGACAUUUCAGACUAAUAUCGCGUUAGCCUUCAACUGGGGUCCCUUCUUUCAGUUUCCUUGCUACAAGAACGACAGCUAAGCUAGCAGUCUACGAUCCUCUGUGAUAAUCUUUUCUUCUACACUUUCCGAAAUAAUCGUUUCUACCAGGUAUAUUUCAUUGUGUUCCGUUCCGUUUCAGGUUAUUACGAGGGAUGGCGAUUCUAAAUCUCCUGUUUGCGCCGUUAGUUUUAUUUCUAAGAAAUCCACCGGCAAAACAUCAGCUGUUACAGAAUGAAGAGUCACUAGGUAAACGUGUU